AAUAUAAAAACAGACAUAAAAUAGUCUUUGAUUUACAAAGUCUAUAGAAAUAUAAAAGAUCAUAAAUACAGAAUAAAAUUAAGUUCUGUCAUGGAAAACAAAGUUGAACUUCGAACCAACCGUUUGUAUAUGGAGUUCGAACCUUAUUGCAUUUGGCAUAAGAAGGAAGAUAAUGAUACUCUUGAUGUUCAUCUUGAAGGUUUCAAAAGGGAACAGCUGAAGGUUCGCGUCAACAAUGCAAGGAUGCUAACAAUCUCAGGAGAACGACCGUUGGACGACAACAACAAACAGAGUUUUUUUGGCAAACAAAUCAAACUGGGAGAACCACCAUUGCACGACAACAACAAGUGGAGUCGUUUUAGCAAACAAAUCCCACUGGCCGACAACAUCAACGUCAGCUACAUUAGUUCCAAGUUCAGCAGAGGGAUUCUCUCUGUUGUGAUGCCCAAGAAACCAGAGAUUCCCUCCAUGUCCAUUUCCCCGGGGUUCGAAGUAGUCAUCCAAAAGGAGACGGAGAAUGCGGGUGGUUGGAUGUUGAAGGAUAAAAAUAUGGGCGUGCUUGUGUUUUUGGUCCUGGGGUUUGGAAUUUAUGUGAAAUGUUUAUGUGGAUAGCCGUUUGAUAUUUGUGCUAUAUUGAAAAGUAGUUGGUGACAUGUGAAAAAUAGUGGGGUUCCAACUAUAUUUGGUGCAUAUGUGAAAUGUGCAAACAACCUUUUAUGAACAAAUGUUCGAGUGUUUUAUAUAUGUAAUCCUGUUCGGGUCACUAUAUCAAUCAAAUUUCCAUCAUGCAUGAA